ACUUACCACCAGUGUGCCCAUUUCACACAUAACAUUCUCUUGUUAUUUGCAAGUCUCCAACUAAUACCAUUUGUCUCUGAACUGCGAGUUCUCCUGACUUGGUCUUCUUACAUAUGCAGAAGUGAGCAUCUUAACCUGCUAAGUGACCUGGCUUUGGAGAUUUGGUCUUGUAGGGUUGGUUGGUUUUGAGCUGGUCAUUUUAGUUUUCAACGAAGAAGGUGGUUUUUACUUUCUAGCUAUCAGGGCAGAGAGCUGCAGGAAGAAAGGGCCCUGGGCACCCAGCAGCAAGUGUUACGUUCUCAGUCCAGCUUCCAUUCCCAUGUCCGAGCCCUGUCUGGGGGCGGGGCCUAGCAGACCGGAAGCGGCCUUUGCUCCGCCUCCUGCUUCUGCCCGCGGUUGCUAGGCUACACUGGGUCUAGAGCUGUGGCUGGGGAAUCCUGACCCACUCCUGACUGUGAGGCUGCGUCUGGGAGCUGUAGCUGGGCGACCCUGACCCGGCUCGGCGUGGGCAGCCUCCAGCUCCGCCUCACCUUGGAAGUUCUAUCGCCUGCGCUGUGACCUGCCAAGUAGGCCAGGUUUGCAGCUUCUGUGUCAUGAGCAGCCCCUUUGGAGUGCGGGCACGAUGCAGAGGUAGCAUGUUCCCACCGCUGGAGACAGAGCUCAAGCAGCCCCUGCCAGACCCCUACGACGACUUCAUGUACCGUCACCUGCAGUAUUACGGCUACUUCCAAGCUCCACAGAUACCAGCUCCCAGCUCCCCUAGGGUCAGGAGCAGGCAGCUCCUCUACAACAGCGACGACAAGGCAGACAGGGGGGCCCCUCGGCUCCGAGAACCCCGAGAGCUCUUCCCCAUCCUCCCCGGCUGGGGCCCUGUGCAGGCUCCACGCUGGCCCGUGGAGUGUGAGGUCAUCCAGGAGAAGGUGCGGCACAUCGAGUGGGUCCCACCAGAACCAGAAUACUUCUAUCAGCCAACAGGAAAUGAAAAGGUACCAGAAAUUGUCGGCGAGGAGAAAGGAACAAUUGUCUAUCAGUUACAGUCAGUGCCCACAGAAGGCUCCUACUUCACCAGCUCUCGGGUAGGUGGCAAGCGGGGCGCCAUCCAGCAGCUUGCUGUGUCCCUGUGUGGCCCAGAGGAUGAUACCCUGCUCUUCGAGUCGAGGUUUGAGAGUGGCAACUUGCAAAAAGCCGUCAGAGUGGACACCUACGAAUACGAGCUCACCCUGCGGCCCGACCUCUACACCAGCCGACACACGCAGUGGUUCUACUUCCGCGUGCAGAACACCCGCAGGGACGUCCCCUACCGCUUCACCAUCGUCAACCUGCUGAAGCCCCGGAGCCUGUACGCGGCGGGCCUGCGGCCGCUGCUCUACUCGCAGCGCGACGCCUGCAGCCGCGGGGUGGGCUGGCGCCGGGAGGGCGGCGACAUCAGGUACUACCGGCGGGGCGGCGGGGGCGCGGGGCGGCCGCGCUACUGCCUCACCUGGACGGCGCGCUUCCCGCACGACCGCGACACCUGCUUCCUGGCGCACGGCUACCCCUACACCUACUCGGACCUGCAGGGCUACCUGCGCGCCGUGGCCCGCGACCCCGCGCAGGCGCGCCUGUGCAAGCUCCGCGCGCUGUGCCGCAGCCUGGCCGGCAACCCGGUGUACCUGCUCACCAUCACCAACCCCGCGCCCGGGCCCCGCCAGGCGGCCGCCAAGAGGGCCGUGGUGCUGAGCGCCAGGGUGCACCCCGGCGAGAGCGGCGGCUCCUGGGUGAUGCGCGGCUUCCUCGACUUCAUCCUGGGCGGCUCCCCGGACGCACAGCUCCUGCGGGACCUCUUCGUCUUCAAGGUGGUCCCCAUGCUGAACCCCGACGGUGUGAUCGUGGGGAAUCACCGGUGCUCGCUGGCCGGCCGGGACCUGAACAGGCACUAUAGGACCCUCCUGAAGGACGCCUUCCCGUGCGUCUGGUACACCAGGAACAUGAUCCAAAGACUUCUGGAGGAAAGGGAGGUUCUCUUGUAUUGUGAUUUCCACGGCCACAGCCGCAAGAACAACGUCUUCCUGUAUGGCUGCAGCAGCAGUGACCACAAACGCUGGCUGCAUGAGCGGGUCUUCCCGCUGAUGCUAAGCAAGAACGCACCAGACACGUUCUCAUUUCAGAGUUGUAAUUUUAAGGUCCAGAAGAGCAGGGAAGGCACGGGCCGUGUGGUGAUGUGGCGCAUGGGGAUCCGCAACAGCUACACCCUGGAGUCCACCUUCGGGGGGUCCACGCUGGGCAGUAAAAGAGACACACACCUCACCACUGAGGACCUUAAGGCUCUGGGACGCCACAUCUGUGACACCCUCCUGGACUUCUGUGACCCUGACCAAACCAAGUUCAUUCAGUGUCUAGCAGAGCUUAUGGAGCUUGUACACCAGGAAAUCCACAAGAAACUCAGUGAGCUUGGACAAGAUAGGAAUUUAGAAGAAAGUUGGAGUGACAUCCAUUUGUCUGACAUUGAAUCCAGCACCAGCGGUUCUGACAGCUCCCUCUCAGAUGGGCUCCCUGCCCACCUUCUAAACAGGGCAGAAAAGAUGAAUCAGAAGAUGAAGAUAUUCCAGAAGAAGAAAAAGAAGCCGCUUCAGACCAGAAGACAGCGAAACGCACAUUAUCACAACAGCAGCCUGACAGAGAUCAGAUUCCCAGGAGACAGCCACAUGAGACACCCAGGCGCCUUGAAGGACCCAGGAGGGGACAGGAGAGGAGAGGGACAAGACAGGGUAAGGGCCAGGUUUGCCACCACCCUGCAGAAGCAGCUGGCCUUUCCUAAACAUCCAGAGAAUGGCAGUUCUUCAGCGGGGACACAGGGAAGAGCAAGACUCCACCAGCCACAGUCAAGUAGAAGAGACCCAGCUGCUGCCCCAGCCCAGCCAAUGCCUCCCCCGAUUCUGCCGGAGCACGAGAGGACUCAUCAGUUGCCAAGAUGGCUGCAGGAGCACCUGCCAUUGAGUGGACCACACAGCUGUCUUCUCUACCAGCCUCAGACAUGGGUCCUCUGCAUUUCACUCUACAGCUGCCCUCCUCUCUCCUCUGUGGCCAUUUUGUUUUUAGCUGUCUUCUUGGCUCAAGACUAGGCACCUUUCUGCCCCUACCAUCCUCCCAGCCAGCACCCUUACAAGGGCAGUGGAUUCAGAAGCCAGGAUUGAGGUCAGUAAUAAUCAGAGGAAACUGCAACUGGAUUCUUAACUGUGUUCAUUGUGUCUGUGUUACAGUAUUAGCACAAUGAUUCCAAUUUUAGAAGUGUUGCAGGGUUGAGCAAACUAGUAAAUGUGAACUCAAGAAAUCCUCCUGUCUCAGCCUCUUGAAUUCCUAGGAUUACAACUGCACAUACUAUACCUGGCUGUGAAAGUAUAUGAUUUAAUUUCCAAACUUUGUCACAGUAAAUUCUUAUUUUUCAUCAUUCCCAAUUGUUGUAGUGAGGAUUUCAAGGAAAAUAAUUAUGUACAGGACACAUAACUUACUAUUAUUUAUAAUGGUCACCAAGGAGUCAAAUACAAAGAAAGUGCAGGAAAUCUAUCCACACACUAAACACCUAGAAAGUCCAGCUGAGGGUCUGGAUCCCAUGGCAAUAACCUGCAUGAGUUCAGCUGAAAACCUACAGCCCACAACAGUGGCUCCCAUGAGUCCACCUGGAGGCCUUGAGCCCACAAUGACUCAUGCAAGUCAGUUUCAUGGGUCUGCACUGGGAAGGCCCAAAGGUCAGUGACAGAAGCUAGAAAGUCUUUGUCAGCGGGAUGAAGGAGCUGUGCUGGUAGGCUGAGAGUUCUGCACUAGAGCCAAGAAGUGACACACAAAAUAAGGUCGAGGGCUCCCCCCAAAAGUACCACAGCCUUCCUCUUUGACAACAAGGUCCUGAGCUCCUCCAACAAUGAGAACAGCCAAGUUCAUAUCAGGAAGCCAGCAUGACAAGCUUCUGCUGGAGAUUGAACAGCACACAUGUUCCCCUCCAGAGCCAAGAAGUGAUGCUCAAAGUAAGCUCCUCCAAAGUGAACCACAGCCAUUCUCAGCAACAAGGUCCUGAGCUCCUCUGAUGAUAACAGCCAAGUUCAUAUCAAGGAAACCAUCAUGACAAGCUCCUGCAGGAGAACCAACAGCUCCAAAAAACAACAUUUAGGAGAACCCACGUGCUACUCUUCCUCUUCAUGUCUCCUUUUUAUGCUGGAAACUUUUCUCAGGUUGGGCCUCUACACUCAGCACUCAGCAAUGAUUCAGUUCAGCUGGUGUUUAAAUUUCCACCAGUUUUUAAUCCACCACAUCAAUCUUUUCUAUAAAUAUCUGUGCUCUUGUUAGCUAACAUGAGAUCAUCGUGUGUACAGUUAUUUUAUAACCUGGCUUAAUUUGGUCUUUUAUGGGUUGUUCUUUUUUGUUUGUUUGUUUUCUGUUUUGUUUGGGUGUCUUAUUGUGUUCUAAGACAAGAUUUCAUUCUGUAGUUCAGACUGUCCUCAAACUCAAGGCAAUCCUCCUGCCUCAGCCUCCUGAGUGCUGGGAUUACAUGCAAGAACCACCACACCCAAUGUUUGAUUUUUAGACAGGGAAAUCAUCCUGACUUUUCUGGGCCCUUGAAAGAAGAAGAGGAAAGCAGGAAAGCUCAUGAGACACAUGGGUGUUACAAGCAGCAAGAGGCCUGAAAGGGGCCGAGAUCUGGAAGCCACACACAGAAGUAACCAUCUGUGCAGCCCUUGAAGAUGGUGGACGGGGACCCACAGCAGAGGAUCUGCAACUUCUGAGGCUAUGACUCCUGCCAGUGGCCAACAAGGGAAUGGGGACAUCAUGUCCGUGGUCACAGGGAGCUAAAUCUGAAUGCCACCACCAGCCCAGAACAGAUCAGCCCCAGAACCUCUGGGUUACCACUGGGCCGCCAGCACCUGGAUCUCAGCCCAAAGAACUUGAGCCGAGAAAUCAGCCUGUGGACUCUGGACCCAUGGAACUACAAGCUCUUGUUGCUUUCAGCUUUCAAAUGUGUGAUUUGUUAUAACAGCAACAAAAAACAAAUUCAGCCUCUCAAGAGACUGGAAAGGAGCAGUCAAGGUCAGGGGAAGGGACGGAUACUCAGCACAGGAGACUCCUCAGGGGACAAACAAAGGGCACAACAACUGCCACCUGUGUGCUGGCUGGGCUGUAAAGAACCUGCUGUAAUCAGGCAGAGUCCAAAGUUUUUCUUCAAUUUUAUGAGCCUUUCCUGGGCCAGAGGCCAAGGAUAAACAGCUAUCACGGACAGAGUGAGCUGAAAUGGUGGUGCACAAUGGCAUCCUGGCACUCAGGAGGCUGAGGCAGGAGGAUCACCACAAGUUCAAAGUUACCCUGGGCUACAUAAUGAGUUCAAGGCCAGCCUGGACUGCAUAGUGAGACGCUGUCUCAAAAAUAAAGGGUUGAGGAUUUAGCUCAGUGGCACAAGUGCCUGCCUGGCAAGUGUGAGGUUGUGAGUUCAUUCUCCAGUACCAAAAAUAAAUAAUAAA